AAUAGAUGAAAUGAACAUGGGGUGCCACCGAUAGUGAUGGGGGGCCAUGAAAUAAUAGCGCUAUGUAAGAGAGAGAGAGAGAGAGAGAAGAGUAGAAUAAAAAAAAAAAACAGCCACGCAAUUGCUGUAAUGUACUAGCGGGUUUUUAGACAACGAUCUAUUCCAUCAGUUUGGACUUAAAACUUUUUUUUAUGGCAUUAUAUUCACAUUGGUUUACUAUAACAUUCUAGUGUCUUGAUAACUGUAGAAUUAUUGAUUUUAUGCUAUGUUGGAUAACAAUUGACUGUUGCCCAGUUGACCAGCGUCCGUCUGUACGACAGACAAGAUGUUGAGUGCUUCAGGAGGGGAGUACCUCUGUGUAGGGGAUUAUAUAGCUUUGUACUCUGUGGAUACUGAGGGAUAUGUAAAUGCAACACAGUCUAGCACCAGCUACAGUGAGAUUUAUAUCUAUCAGAAUCAGGACCGUGAUAAACCAGCCCACAUACCUAACCCUCAAGCGGUCACCUUUCAAAUAUGCAUCCAGAACAGAUACAAAUUGAGCAAAAAGCUGCGCAAGCUGGUCAGCCAGACGUCCAGCAAUGGGUCAGAGCCGAAAUCUGAGUCCACCAUUGUAGACAAAACUCUUUUAACUCAGACCAAGCUUGCAGCGGAAGCAGAAAAUGCAGACAACAUGUCCGAACAAAAACGGCAGCAAGGGAAGAAGGUUCGCUACGGUGAGAUUGUCCAGCUGAAGCAUGUUUUCACUGGGAAAUACAUCCAUAUGUGUACAUCACAGACAAGUCAAAGAGACAAGAACAACAUGAUGAUUAUGUUGCAAGAGUUCAACGCUAAGAAUGCUCAGUUCAGAAUAUUACCUCAGUACAAAGUGAAGUCAGAGGGUGAAGUGGUUCAAAUCUACGAUCAGAUUAUCUUUGAAAGCAUUAAGUCGCCUGGUCACUUCUUCCAUGCCAGUUCUGGCUUCCAGGUGGACCAUUUUACAUUUGGAUCUGAGCUGAACUUGGGGGUCGAGAGGUCAGGGUUCACAUUGGUUCGAUUCUGCAAGGAGAACCCGGAGUUGGAGCUCUUUGUCAAGAGAGGCAUUUCUGUAAUCCCCAAAUACAUCAAGGGCGGCAGUGUGAUCAGAUUAUUUCACAAGGAACUGGAGGCCUACCUCGUGGCGGAGGGUCUGUUUGAUGAUGAGGUCACCGAAGAUGCGGAGAUUGUGCAAGAUGUUCAUUUCCGGAUCCGGGUGAUGGACCAACACAAGCCUCGAACCCUCUCCCCUCCGUCUAGUGGGAACACGUUCUGGCAAAUUGAGGCGGAGACCAGCAUCCUUUAUGGUGAAAUUAUACGCUGGGAGCAGCAGGUGAGGUUACGUCACAUGACCACCCGGAAGUACCUGUGCAUUGAUGCCAACCACGAGAUCUCUCUGACUGUCGACAACGAGGAUCCGAAAACUGUCUUUCGCCUUCACUCUGUGCUCAGUGAACAUGAUGAAAUUCAUUUUGAAAGUUACGCAAGAAUCGAACACGUUCUGACUGGCUUCUGGCUUCACGCUCUUAAAGAUGAGGACUACAUACGGAAACAGUUCCGAGGCGUGGAAGAGAACCAGGAGCACAGUAUGAGGGGGCUGAGGUGGGACACGGCAAAUGUUCGACAGGUUGCCGCCAGUGGGGAGAGCAUGUACGACGACGCCUUCACCAUCCAGUACGUAGAGAAAGGUUACGUGGACGACUUCAACUUUGUGGCCGGCAUGGUGCCCUUCUUACUGAACCUCAUCAAAGAUAGAAAUGACUCUGUGACUCUCAACGCUAAAAAGACUCAUCUGACUCUCACUGCCAUGGAGGAGUUGAAAAGAUUUAUGUACGUCAAUGGAGUCACCAACAAGAACAGACAGAAACUAAUGAGGAACUUAAGGGUCAUUGAUUUGCUGGUGAAGAUUUUGCAAUGUCCACUUGACGGCAUGCCAGAUGAGAUGAACUUGACCUCUGUCUUCAAGGAAGCAUACGAGACACUGUACACCUACAUGAUUGGCAGGUCCAGAAAGAAUGCCCUCUACUUUGCUAAGUACAUCGACUUCUUCCAGACCCAGUUUACUCAGAAGGGAGGGAUUGGUCUGAACGUUGCUCAAAUGAUUGUAGAGUUGAUUCGAGACAAGCGAAAGAUCGUAGACCGCAUCACGCACUCACAGAUUGAUCAGUUCGUCACGCUAUUGGAGAAAUCGCAGAAUUACAGAUUUCUUGACCUGCUCCACGUGCUCUGUGUGUGUGAUGACGUGGCUAUUCCCAACAACCAAUCCUACAUAGUUGAGAGAUGGCUGUCCAGUGGCCAGCACGGUGUGUACCUGACAGCCAGGGGGCAGGAUAUCAACAGACAGCCCAAUAUACUGUACCUAUCAACUACGGGCGGAAAGAGCUGGGUGGCCCUCCAUGAGUUUGUUGACGAAAACAAUGAGUGUUACGAUCAAAAUAAGCAUGACUUCCUGCUGCAUCAACUUGACCUGUACAAGGCACUGUGUCACGGCAGAAAUGAUUUUGCCAUCAACAUCAUUACCAAGGAGCUCAGGUUCCUGACCUGGGAGGAGACGUUUCUGUCCCUAAGAUCUGACAUCCUCCCUGAUGCCAUCAGAGCCAAGUACUGUGAUCUUACCACAAGUCUUUUUGUUGAUGUGGGCAACAACUACUCCGUGCUGGACCACCCAAACAUUUGUUUUGUCUACGACUAUGUGGGCUCCAAGGAUGAAGAGAAAAGUCAAGGGGACUUUGUUGUAAAAGAGCUUGUGGCAAUUUUCCCAGUUCUCCGGGACUGGAUUGCAGAGUUCCUACAGCAAAAUAACUACAUGGUAUCCUCGGACAUUGGCCAUAAUAUGUUGGUAGAACAGGUGUUGAGACUGUUGUAUCACUUGGUCAAGUUCGGUUACUACAUGGACCACGAGGACGUCGGUCAGCUCUUGCCUCCCAUGUUGAGCCUGCUGGACGGGCGACAUGACUUUCCAUUCCCGAAAGACAAAGACAAAGGUUAUUCCAAGGACGCAAUGAAGCAAGUUCUUCAGUUCCAGCUCAGUGACCGCUAUGAAAAAGGACCAGAAACAUUGGCCAUCGUCAAUGCAAAGUUCCAGGCGCUGGAGGUCCUGGACCUUUUGUUGACAUAUCAAAGAAAUUCCAGACUUCAGAGUUUUGUUGGCAAGUUCAAAGUUGCGGAGCAGUCGGUGGCACUGCGCAAGCCUACUAGCGCCCUGACCCCUUUACUGUAUGACACUUUCAAUCCUCAUAAUCAAACAAAGGCAGCAUUGAGAAAACAAAGACUGGUCAACAAAGAAAUGAGGGACAUGUUUAAUCUGUCCGCCAUCUUCGACAUCGACCUCCUGACCAAGAUACUUACGGACUUGUCCAAGUACAAGUAUGACAAGGUCAUCACAAAGUCACUGAACAUUCUGAACAAAGUGUACUCUUCCAAGACAAAUAUGUUCAACUUGUCUUUCAAGGCACAGAUUUUAUUAACUCAGGACUCGGCCCGUGUGCAUAGAGAAGUGCUGAAAAAUAUGCCCGUGCUCCGAAGACUGGCUAGAGCCAAGCUGGACAAUGAGCAGGUCAAGCUAAUGGGCAGUAUACUGGACGAUCUGGCAGAAUUUUGCCAUCUGCCCAUGACACCAGAUGAGCCCCACCCCAUGAACCAGAACAUUUUAAUCAGUAAUGGUAUUCUGACCAUCCUGUUUGAUAUAUUGGUACAAGAAGUAGACAUUAAGUUAUUUGAGCAAUAUGGCGGGAUGACUUCAGUCUUCAGAAAAACUUUGUAUCUCCUCAAAUUACUGGCCAGAGAAAACGAGGCUGUCCAGAUGCACAUCUUUGAACGGCUGGACAUUCUGCUGGACGUCAGAGUUGUAGAGAGUGAACUGGCCAUCGCUCUCAGAGAGGUGUUCUAUGGUAACCAAAACACCUGUCUUAAGAUCAACCCCAGGCAGAUUCAGAAGAUAGUCAACAGGGCCGCUGACCUGCAAGAGAAGGGACCUGAGUUCUUGGACCUGCUUUCCAUGGUGGUCAAAGUCGCUGGCACUGAUCUGACCUUGAAGAGAAAUCAAGCCUACGUCAUGAAGUACAUUAUGCAGAACUACAAAAAAGUUGCCUUCGUCCUUGACCUUUCCAGAGAAGAAAGAGAGGCCAUACUGACCCAGACUGACAAGAUGUCAAGGUUGCGCUACUACAUUUGUCUCCUGGAUCUGUUGGCGGCAUGUGCUGAGGGUGAAAAUCUGUUCAUUGAGUCCUUGUGCCAGACUAUACUCCCCAUGGAGGACCUCCUGGCCAUACUCAACAACCCGGCCAUCGACAACGUUCUGAAGAAGCCUUUCCUGAGAUGCCUCCACCACGUGUACAUGAAGAGCACUGGAAAUGUAGUGGAUAUGCAGACCAGCGAGAUCCCGCACGACACACCUCAGUACGAGAGACCUCAACACGAUGUGUACCAUGGUGAAUUAUGGGAAUAUCUGUCCUCACUGUCCAUUGAGAUCAAUCGACUGACCGACAGUAUCAGAGAUGACCCGGAGAAACUGGGUAUACAUCUAAAGACUGCACCAGAGAAAAGUGGUUCGGCCAGCGCCCCUGACUUCGAGAGCUCCACCUAUGGUACAGUUCUUUACAUCCUGGAAGGUGUUCUUCCGUUUCUGGAAACUUUCUACCGGGACUUCUACCUGCCUGACCAGCACCUUCACUCCAACGAGGCUGACGAGACUGAUCAUUUGGCCAAAGCAUGUGUGAUGUUUGGAGAGAUAGCUGGACCACUGCUGUUCAAACCCCAGCACAUGAAGAACCUAGUCAAUUGCCUUGCAGUCAUUGUGCCCAUUUCUAACAUGCCCAAUUCGAACCUAGAGAGUGUGAUGGAAAGAUUUGCUUCUGGCAUCACAGUGGAGGACACUUCCAGUGCAAUCAGGCGUGGUAACAUUGAGUACUACUCAGCAGAAGUGGAGCUGAACGCCAAGUUUCGACUCUACGCCAAGAAUUGUGCCGCAGUCUUUGCCGGUCAUAACACGGUCGCCGCCCAGCUUAAAAUCAACAAUAAAAGAGCCUACACUGUCAUUGACGGAGACGAAGAGCUUCCACUGGGCGAAGAGUUUCAGAGCCUGGUUCGGUGCUUCGUGGACUUCCAUGAGAAGAAACCAGAGAAGAGAUUCCUGCCUGCGGCCAAGCUUAUCGAGCAGCUAGCCAUUGCCCUUGAAUGCAAGAGGCUCUCGGAAGCAGCUCGGAUAGAGAUGGACGAUCUGAACAUCAAGUGCUUCCAAGUUCUCAGGGCAAUCAUCCACAACGAAGAGAGAAGGUUACCGGAGGAUUGGGCCACCAGAACGACUGAGCACAAAAUCAGCAAGGGUCUAGCAGUCGUAGCUGCAAUUCAAAACAUGUAUGAUCAGAAAGGAGCCAUGAGAAAAUCUCUUCCUCAUCUGGCGUCCAGAAACGACCUCAUUGCCAAAGAAGUUCUGGCCUUCUUGUGCAUUAUGUUGUUCAACGCCAAUGACUCUGUCCAGCAAUCCAUGUUGACCUACUUCUUUUCCACAAGAGAGGAAGUCUUUUUUAUGGCAGUCAGGGACAGAAUGGCUUUAUCUACAAACUCAAUCAAAGAAAAGAGGUCACUUCAGACCCAACACGAGGCCAAACUAAAAGAGUCUUCAGACAGCAAGAAGGUCAAAAACAUGUUUAUGGUCACACUAAUGGCAUUGAGGCAAAUCCAAGCUUAUGAAGAUGCCAUGAGACAGCAAAGGCUAAGUGGCUGGACCAGAAGAACCACAAAAUCUUGUGUAAAACCUCCUUCGAAGAAAAAGUCCAGAAAGCCGAAAGAGACUGAACAAAACAACAAGCUGGCUUUGGUGGCCAACGACAAAACUGUCAAAACCAGGAACAAGUCGAAAUCCCGAGAAAAUAAAGAAAUCGCUCUGACCAAAAGUGGGAUUUUAAAGAAAGACAAAGAGAAUACUUUCAUUAACCCUAAAGCUACUGAAAAGGACGCUCUGAUGCAAGAAGCUGGGGAGGUGGAACUUACUGUUAAGGAUCAAGAAUCAGAUGCCAUUGAAGCCGACACGUCAGCAUUCGAGUACCGCAAUGACGGCUACAUCGAGCUGGUGCUCAAGGUCAUGGCCAGGAUGUGCGACGGACAGAACAAACACCUGCAGGAUUAUCUGAGGGAACAGCCUGACAAUGUCAAGUCCUUCGACAUCAUCGCUGAGGUGACUCGCUUCCUCAACGUAGUCUACUCCAACAUCAACAGCAAGAACAUCGACCUGCUGAUUCAGCUGUUUGAGACCAUGAAUGAAUUCACGGCUGGUAACCAAGAAAACCGGGUGGUGAUCUACGACAAUAAGAUUAUAGACUACAUCAACUUUAUUCUUAGAUCUGGAGAGUUUGGAGACUGCUCAACAGAAAAGACGCUGGAGCUACGUAAAAGUAUUUCAAACCUGGUGAUGAGCUUAAUUGAAGAAAAUGGACCUGGAGCUACAGAAGUGGCUUUGGAGGUCAAAGACACGCUGGAUAAGAAGGCGGUCCUUGCAUUGAUGGCGACCUGCUACGAGAGGCACCAGACGGACAAGACCAAGAUCAUGGAGCUGAAAGCGCUGGAGGAGGCUCUGGCUGACCCUUUGGGCUCUCAGGGAAAGCUAGCCUCCACAAGAAACUUGGCCAAAGGGACGAAACUGCUGAAAGGAGUUAUGAAAAAACAAAAAGAGCAGUUCGCGGAUGAAUACAUGGACGUGGGGUUCAGCCUGUAUCUGCUGCUAGCCAGAAUGUGUGACAUUGACCCUAGGCUGCAUGAUUAUUUGAGAAUGACCCCACUCCAGGCCAAGGCCUUCAGCUUCUACAAGAAAAACUGUAUGUCCAUCGAGAUUGUCAAGGACGGGGACCUUCAGAAGAUCAAUUUCCGAGUCAAAAACAGGCGCGUGUUGAGGGAAGAAGUCAAAGAGAAGUUGAAGUGGGGCGUGGACAGGUCGUCGCCUAGCAACAAGAUUCGAGACCUGAUGGGCUGGACGAAGGACAUCAUGAAGGACAUAGCUUACCAGCAGAAGAUACUUAAGAACCCAGUGGCGAUCUUGUUGACCAAAGGCUGGCUUGUCUGGAACCAUUUGGUCACCAUCAUCAGCUUCGCCAUCAACAUUCUCAUGCUGGUCACGUGGGAAGCUAAAGGGUCACUGGAAACACCCGACAUCAUGGUCAACACCACAGGAAUCCCGCCAAUUCUCAGAGAUCCCACGCCAUCCAUCACCACCAUGUCGCCAGAGAACUACAACAUCGCCAUCCUGGUGCUGGGCGGGUGUCACAACUUCAUGUCCCUCUUGGUCUUCAUCAGCUACUUCGUCUGCAACCACCCACGUCUGCCGAGCAUACGGAACGGCAUCAACGCCUGCAAAAAACUGUCCUUAAGGAGGAAGCCAGAUGAUGAAGAAGAGGAAGACAAGAAACGGAAACACGUGUCCAAACUUGAUGCCAGAUUUUUCAGCGUUACUACGUUCUACUAUAUGGCAUUCCUGGCGCUGUCCGUAGGCGGCACCUACUCCAACGGCUACUUCUUCGCCUUCCAUCUCCUCAACAUUGUCAACAACAACCAACUUCUCAGCGGCGUCAUCAAAGCUGUGACUCAAAACGGUAAAUCGUUGCUCUGGGUCGGUGUCCUUGGCCUUGUGGUCUUCUACCUUUACGGUAUGAUUGGUUUUGCCUUGAUGAGGAGCAUGUUCAACCCUGGGGAGUACCUGUACUGCAACACCCUGUGGCAGUGCACCAUCACAGUCAUACGCUACGGGCUGAUCGGCGAUCUCUUUGAGGUGAUGAAGCCUCACAGCAACGAGAAGACGUUUGAAAAGUUCGGCAUCGUCGUCUUCUACCACGUCUCCUUCUUCAUCUUCAUUACCACCAUUGGCCUCAACAUUAUCUUCGGUAUCAUCGUGGACACGUUCUCGGAGCUGAGGGAUCUCAAGUGGACAGCAGAGUCGGACAUGAGGGACACCUGCUUCAUUUGCAGCAGAAAUUCCUAUGAUUUUGAGCAUCAUGGCAAGGGGUUUGACCACCACGUUCGGUUCGAGCACAACAUGUGGUCCUACAUCUUCUUCUUCAUUCACCUGAACGGCACCAAGGUCAACGACUACACGGCCCUGGAGAUGUACGUCUUUAAACUGCUUGGCAAAGAAAACUAUGACUUCUUUCCCUUGGACCGAGCUCUCUCCCUUGCUUCUAUGGGCAAAGAUGCUACCGAGACAAAACUAGACGAUCUGUUGGGUCAAGUCACGAGUAUCGUGGAGAAACAAAGAGUGGAGGAGCUUGAGAAAAAGAGGCGCGAGGAACGUCUGAAGCAGAAACAGUGGGAGCAGAAGUACAGGCUUGGAUCCUUCAGGCGCAGAGCGAGACUCCCCGGCCCGCCGGACACUGAUACCAACAUCAUGAUGACCUCAAUGUCUCUGGCCCCUGACGACCCAAGGAUGAUGCAGCUCAGCCCGCUUCCCGCUCUUUCCCGGGCACACAGACGUCAGAGCUUUGGAGACUACAGUGGACAGAGAGCUUCAAUAGGGGAGAUAACCGCCAGACUCAGUGGAGAAGGAGGAGUGCGGCGCCCCAGCAUCACUGAUGGCCGAAUGGACCAACCAGGUACCAGAACUAGCCUCAACGAUCACUCCGGACGUCUGAGUUACCUGGACGGGAGGAGGCCCAGUAUAGGAGAACACGCAGGUUUCGGGCCCUACAGACAGCCUAGUACACAGAGAUACGACCGAUUGGAAAGACAGAGGACCUUUAGAAGUAUGAGUCCAGUCAGAUUCGACGCUGAGCCACCAUCCUCGAGCCGCUACCUAAGGGGCCACCACAGCCCCUCUCGUUACGACGUGGACGACCCUUACGUCAGAAGCCUGAGCCCAGUCCGUUACGACCAAGGGAUUCGCAGCCCAGCUAGAUCCCGCCAUGGGAGCGACCCCGACAUUGUUGGCAUCAUAACCGUGGGCUCUUCCCGGAGGGAGAUCCCGACUCGUGACCUUUCUAGCAUGCUGAGCCCGCGUUACCCUGACAGCAGGCAGGCAAGUCCGCGGGGAGCCAUGGCCUUCUUCCCAGAUUCCGAGUCUAUCCACAGCUUCAGGGGCGACGUGGGACCCCUUGAUAGGUCUUCAGAGGAGUACCCCGUGGAGUCUCUGGAUGGACCCAUGUUUGCUCCUCAUCCGGACUUCCCUACGAGAGAAAGGGAAAUGGAUUCUGAAAGUAUUCACAGCGCCGACUAUGGAAGAUAUGAAAGGCCCUAAAUAUGCAGCUAGUCCAAACAGCAAACAAUUAAUUGAAUCAAAAGUGCUUCCCCCUUCAAGUUUAGAUUGAGUAUGAGUAGAUUGUUUCUGUUACUUAGUCAAAUUUACAGUGCACCGAAGACUAUCACAUGACAUGAUUGGACAUAAUGAAUUAAAAAUUCUGAAAUAGUCCUAAUAAGUUUCUCAGACAGCAGUACGUAAUUUCGUCCAUCUAGCAACAGAAUGAGAAAAGAAAAACGCAAGUCUAAUGCAUGAUAAAAGAAAAACGUUGUGCUUCAAGUAUAGAUUGAAAUAUUGGGCCUAUUCUAUUGUACCUAUUUUUACCUAGCAUUCUAAACUAAUACAAAGUCCACUAUUAAUAUAGACCUAGAGUCCAGUGUCUAACCGAAGACCUACAUGAAUUAUAUGUUGUAGGCCUGUCAAUGUAUUUAGAUCUUUCUGUGAAUUUAUUCACCUGUGAUUGAAAAUUCAAUGCAAUUUUUGUGUGAUAUAUUUUUGUAUUUAUUUCAUUUCUAUAUCCAAUUCAUUUCAGUACUGUAGUUAAGGUGAUGUUUUCACAUCAAUUCUGCUACCAAUGUACAUUUUAAUACUAUGUUUGAUACAAAAAAUUACCAGGUGUAAAAUAUUUUUAGUAAUGUGUGCUUCUCGAAGUAUACAUCUUUAGAUCUAUUUUACAGUUAAAGUUAAGCAUAUGGAUAAGGAGAGGACAUUGAAAGUGAAAUUGCAUUAUUGUGGGUGAUACAUUAUAAAUCAAGCUAUUCCUAUACAAUAAAAAGUAGGCUGUAAUUGUCUUUGAUUUUCGUAUCUAACGCUCCUUAAAAGAUACAAGUAUAUAUUAAUUAUUAUAUAUUUUAUACAUUCAAAUGAUUGGAAUUUUUCUUGAUAUAUAAUUUAAGUUAAUUGAGUGUAUGCCAUAUACAUAUUGAUAUUUUAAUAUACUAUAAUUAUACAGUGAUUUGCACAUAUGUAUUACACCUAAUAUGUUGGCUCCCUUUGUGUCUCAUUCAUUUCCUAUGGGAAUAGAAAACUAGAACUUGGACACAGUGUGAAAAUUUGGUGUCAGAAGUGCAACAAUUGUAUGUCGUUCUCUUUCAAGUAUUCAAACCAGUAGUGAUGCUGAAUAAGAAAGCCACUCUUUUAAAAUCUUGAUUCGUGAUAGCCUCGUCGUCAAAUUGUUUAUAUAGAAGUGUCUGUUUAUACCUAUAUAUCUAUAUGGCUCAUUCUGUCUCGGAUGAUAAUGGAUGCGCCAAGAUGAGUCACUGGCUUUGGUUUCGUCUUGAGACAGGGCAGAAUCUGGAGUGACUGAUCAAGCUAAUUCUGGAGCGGCAGAGUUUGUCACAGUUCGUGCAUGUAUAUGCAUCUGUCCUAGGGCUAGCUGACAGGGUAGCUUUCUUUUUCUUUCUCUUGACUGAUGCAGCUUCGUUUCUUUUGCACUCGGAGAAGUUCGUACCAGCACAUACAGUCUGUCUCCAUGCUGUCCGGUCUUGGGCUAUCUCGUCCCACAUACUUUAGAGGUUAAUUUCGGUUCUGGUGCAAUAGUAGUAUUUUUGUGGUUACACUAUAUUACAUAUAAAAAGUGUAUUUUAUGAAGAGCCUGUAGAUUGUAGGUUUCUAAUUUAAAUUCCUUGUUCUACGAUACUUACCUCUCAAUGUAAGAUAAACUACAAUAGUCUUCUCUACUCAUUGGUUGCAUCAUUUAUUAGUGCAAUCUUCCAGUUUUGUUACAUCAGUGUUUCAGUGUGACUGACUGAUUGAAGACACUAAGAUUAUUGCUCCCUGUAUAUGUUUUUAAAUAAGCUAAGUUAUUGUUCUUAGGUUUGUAUUGUUUUUGUGUGGUUUUAUAAACUUGUUUUAAAGGUGUUAGCCUUAAUGCGUUCAUUUCUACUGCAUACGUAUUUAAUUGGAUCACGAUCUGUAGCGAUGCAAUACUGUACAUAUUGCUUAUAUAAUUCAUACAUAUUGCUGCACUUUUAAUGUUGACCUUGUGCAUUUACGUAAACUAAAUUUUUAUUAAUAGAUAACGAUAGUUAAGUUUUUUAGUUGCUGAUUUAAGGAAGAGGCUUUGGACGUCGCUGAUUGCCGAUAUUUUGGAGACUGCGUGCCGCCCUAUGGGACAAACGCGCUAGCGGAUAUAGGUUUAAGUCUUAGAGAUUGAAUUUAAUAGUUAUUUUUACAAAGCUUAUAUCAACUCACUCUGUCUGUCUCGUAAAAAGUUUGAAUACUCAAUUUCUACCACACCCAUUCUCGGAUCAAGUUGAAACUUUUCACAAUUAUUCGUUGGCGAAGACAGUAUAUGAAUCUUUUUUUAAGUAACCAACUAGUCAACUAAUUUCUGGUAAUAAAUAAUGUUUUUAAUGCCAGCAAGUGAAAUUAAUCCUUCAGCACUCACAUAUAUUGCUAAAUAUGUAGGGUUUCUUCCCCUUGGAUAAUUGUACACGUUAUUUCUCUCACACCUAUUCUCGGAUCUUGUAGUAACUUUUAAUGAUUAUUUAUUUUAUCUACCAAAACAUGAAUCAAUUAAAAAAUUAACCAAUUAGUCAAUUAAUUGUUGGUAUUUUUUUUUUAAUUUGUAAGUCGUAAGCGUGGAUUUCUUUCUCGUAGAUAUUUUUUUUUUUACUUUUUAUAUUUCGCUUUACAUUGUUUCCCGUGGGCUGAAAAUUUAUGAUGGAAACGAGUUAUAUUUUUUUUUAUCACUUUUUUACAUUGGCAUAGGAGAAGAGGGGCCCAAGUAGUUUAUUGUUAAUAAAUAUUCCAAUGAUGUUAAUUUAUUUUCCUGAAAGGUAUAUGAGUAUAUGACAUCUUUAAUGUAUACUGUAAUGGAAACGCACUGUAAAAUACAUAUAUAUAUAUAUAUAUAUAUAUAUAUAUAUAUUAUACGUCUACUUUAAGGACCUACUAGGUUGUCAGGAUUUAAGUUGCUAGUUGAGUAUUAAGAAUAUACUAUCAAAUUGUCAAUGUUUCGGAUCAUAUUAUUCACUCGCGAUGUAAAGAAUUGAUGAAUUGAAUGUUACCUUUUUAAUUAUGUUUGACUUGGAUUUUUUUAAACAUAUCUGUUCUAUUUAUGCUAGAAACGAAUGUGUAUAAUUAUAUAUGUAUAUCCAGGCAAAUAUGUUUUUAUUUUACUAUUUAUAUGUUACUGCCCGUAUUUCUUACUUCUCCGGUAACAUAUGUAUUAUGUCCUCCAUUUUUUCUUAUAUAACACUCGUUGCAUUUACUUACCAAGUUCAUGUUUGCGGAAAAGUUUGUAGAUUGUGUAGAGUUGUUAAUUGUGUUCACACUAUUGUAUCUAUAAUGUUUUCCUGGUCUUGUGGGUGUGUGCUUCGAACCCUGCCCACCGUCAUCCACUGACGUCAGCCACUGACGUCAACCACUGACGUCCUGUUGGAAGGGGUUAAGGCCUUUGUUUCUGAAGUCUGGAUACUUGCUGUUAAAGUAAUGGAUUGGAUUGGAUGGAUGGUGAUUCUGGGUAUUGACGACCCCCUUUCAGCAUGUACCAUAUGAAAUGGUGGAUUAGUAAGAGCUUGGAAUACCAUGAAGCCUGUUUGAGGUUUCAUUUGAAUUUUACAAAAAGUAAUUGAUGCUGUAUUUUAUACCCAUUCCAAUUUUAUUGUCACGCACACCUGCAAAUAUACUCACUCAUCCAGAGGCGUAGCUAGGGUAGGGGGAGGAAGGGGGAGAAUUUGAAAAUCCCCCGGGGCCCCCAAAUGAGUAUUUUUUACAUUAAAUAUUAAGCAAAAUGGCAAAAAUGAAGGGAACCCAAGGAGAUCAAGCCCCCAAAUGAUGGCAAAUUCCUAGCUACUCCACUGCACUCAUCCACGACAAGCCCAGUGGGGUAUUGAGAGGGGUUAAAUAUAAAAUACAAUUUGGGUUCCCCAAGUUGUCGAAAUGUAUGUCUUCAAUGUGUCGUCAUAUAAAUGUGUGUGUGUGUGUGUGUGUGUGUAGGUCAAUAUUUUGCACAAUGUUAUUUGCAUAUUUUUUCUAGUAGCGUCAUGGAAACAUGUGCAGCCUUUGAUUUCCCAUCAGUAAAUACAUUUUUUGAGUAACUUAUGAAUUAGGAAAGACAACUUAACGACGGAACAAAACAUCACUAGAACCUACGAUAUUGAAGUGUGAGAACCGCUGACUCGAACGAGUAUUGAAUUGGCGUAAAUUCUUAACUUUUGUCCUUAAACAUUAGCUCUAGACUCAACCCUUAGCUCUAAAAUUUGUCCUAGAAUAUAGGCCCCUAUGUCUUGCGUUCACAAAUCAAAGCUCUGGGCUAACCAUCGUGUCGCUGUGGGUUAAGACUUGACAGAAUGUAUCGCCGCCACCCCUGCGUGAGGUUUGGAUUAGGGAGUAAUAAUCUUCAUUUCUGAAGAAAUACAUGAAACACUUAAAUAUUGUAAAAUUUGAGCCUGGAUUUCUUAAUAUUACUGUAUUGUAUGCAUUUAACCCUUCAAUAUGCAUACUUAGCCUAUAUGUAUCUAGAGUACUGACUUCAGUGUCUGCUAAAUGUGUUGCGACCACUCUGAUAUAUUAUUUACAAACCCUAUACCCCAAAUAAUGCCCACAGGGCAGAACUUAAACACUUUGUACAUUCUUUUUUAUUUAUUUUCUCUCCUAUUAACAUUUCAUUAUUCAUUUGUGUUCAAUAUUUUUUGUCUUGUCUAUUUUUACCAGCAUUCUAUCUCAUGUAAUUCAGUACAUUAUGAUGUUUGAAAACAUUUUUUUUUUCUAGCCCAGGGUGUUCAAUGGAAUAAUUUACACAAUAAAGAUUUUUAAAUA